AUGCAGCCAAGCUCCAGGGAAGAUUCCUGGUGGAUAUAUCUUGCUACUUUUGGAAUUCUCGUGCAUGUACAUGUACUUGGUGCAUUUGGAAUCUCCAGUCCAGAAAGUAACAAGGCAGUCAAUGUGCUGCCCUGCUCAUAUGCCGAGCCCGAAAUGACAUUUUCGGAGAUUACUAUUCGUCCGUGGGACAUUGGAAUGGCAAACCAUAGACUUAGCUACGAUUUUCACGGUUGCGACUUAAUUUGGGGAUCCCCCUGGUCCAACCUUAACUGGUCGUCCAUAACAGGAAGGUGUAUGUACCCUUUAAGUUUGGCUCCACAACAGCUCCUCCGAGUGGAUUGGCCAGCGGUCUCCGCGUUGGCGCAUAAAACCAAAACAUUUCGCAGCAUACGGAGUUUCUCAGCUGGAUCAGUUGUUGUAUGGAUGUAUCUUGUACUAGCUGGUUUUGUUAUUCCUCAGUUUAGCGGUACAUGUCAAGGACGAGAGGGGCGGGUAGGAGCUCAGGCUCUCCUGACCCUAGCCAAAAGCAAUAUGGAUUGA